UAGUUAUUCAAUAGUGACCUAAGAUGGAGUUGAAGAAGUUGUUGGUGGUGACUUGGGUGACAGUUUGGGCGUGUUUGUGGGGCGCGGGGCGCGGGGACGCCUCCUACAGGGACCAGGUGGCUCCCCAGGUCACCCACGACAGCGGGGACGCCUCCUACAUGGACCAGGUGGCUCCCCUAGCCUCCCACGGCCAAUACCUAUCUCCGCUCAGUGAUCGUGAUAGGGCUCGAAUCCUAAGAUAUCGAUGGCCGGACAAGAUCAUACCGUUGGCAUUCAGCCAUUUUUAUGCUGAAAAGUACAAGUCGCUGGUGUACCAGGCGAUGGACCUCUUCAACGACCUCACUUGUGUCCGCGUCAUCAAUGCCACCAACAUGGAGACGUACCAUAUUCGGGUCAUGUUCAGCGAUGAUUGUGGUGCCGUCCAGGGCUACUUUGGCCCGAAGGACGGGUUCCAGGAGGUGCAUCUGGGCGCUGGAUGCUUCGUUGCUUUGGGCUACCCCGUUCACGAACUCAUGCACGCCAUGGGCUUCCGCCACCAGCAUGUGAGAUUUGACCGCGACGAUAAUAUCCUCGUUCUAAGGGAAAAUAUUUUUGCAAAUGAUUAUAAAGAUAACUUCGCUAUAAAUAAGCGAAAGGGCGAUUACCUGUGGACGAUGGGUUUGCCCUACGACUUCAAUAGCGUCAUGCAGUACCCGGAGGACGCCUUCGGCUAUGAUAGGGCACACCUGCCCACCAUGAAGCCCAAGGUGCCCUUCAAUGGGUGGUUAGGACAGGUUGAGGGUCCAUCCCGCUCAGACAUAGCGAUGAUAAACCGUUACUACGAGUGCUGGGAUCACUACCUGGGAGACGACAUCCUCGACGCCGUCCCGUACGAAGAGUUCCACACCGUACUAACAGGCACCUACAAAGGCAAGGUAGACGAACCGAAACCUUUCUCAAAUAAUUUCAAGAAUUGGCUUCUGAAGAUGAAGUCGUUAGAGAAUCGAUGAUCGUGCGAGAUGUAGCUGUCUUGUUUUUUUCUUU